UAAUGCUCGUGUUGAAAUGUUGCACAACAUUUUACUUUAAAAAUAAGCCCUCCGUGCUGUAGCAACAUCGACCUGAUCAAAACAUUGAACGCGUCUGCCAUUAAUUGCAUGCAUACGUUCUUUGAGGCUGACGCAGUUCCCUAUACUUCGUUUAAGGAAGACAUGCUCGGUGCACCAGAUCGACUACGGUUUGGAGGUUCCAGGAUGUCCCAGAAGAUCAAGGCAGGGUCGGUGGUGGAGAUGCAGGGGGAUGAGAUGACCAGAGUCAUCUGGGAGCUCAUUAAGGAGAAGCUCAUCUUCCCCUACCUGGAGAUGGACCUGCACAGCUACGACCUGGGCAUGGAGAACCGCGAUGCCACGGACGACAAGGUGACGGUUGAGGCGGCGGAGGCGACGCGGCGCUACAACGUGGGCAUUAAGUGUGCCACCAUCACGCCGGAUGAAAACCGGGUGGAGGAGUUCCAGCUAAAACAGAUGUGGCGCUCGCCCAACGGGACCAUCCGUAACAUCCUGGGAGGCACCGUGUUCAGGGAGGCCAUCAUCUGUAAGAACAUCCCCCGCCUGGUGCCCGGCUGGGUCAAACCCAUCAUCAUCGGCAGGCACGCCCACGGAGACCAGUAUAAGGCCACAGACUUUGUGGUACCUGGACCUGGGAGACUGGAGAUGAAAUUCACACCCAAGAUUGGGGAGCCAAUGAACUUUGUCGUCCAUGACUUUGAAGGUUCAGGUGGCGUGGCUCUGGGGAUGUACAACACAGACAGCUCCAUCAGGGACUUUGCCCACAGCUCCUUCCAGAUGGGGCUGCAAAAAGCCUGGCCUCUGUACCUCAGCACCAAGAACACCAUCCUCAAGAAGUACGACGGACGCUUCAAAGACAUCUUCCAGGAGAUCUAUGAAAAGCAGUACCGCUCUAAGUUUGAGCAGAAGGGGAUCUGGUAUGAGCAUCGUCUGAUUGAUGACAUGGUGGCUCAGGCUAUGAAGUCUGAUGGAGGAUUCAUCUGGGCCUGCAAGAACUACGACGGAGACGUCCAGUCUGACUCUGUAGCCCAAGGUUAUGGGUCCCUUGGUAUGAUGACCAGUGUGCUCAUCUGUCCUGACGGUCGUACGGUCGAGUCAGAGGCGGCCCACGGCACGGUAACACGCCACUACAGACAGCACCAGCAGGGCAAGGAGACAUCCACCAACCCCAUCGCGUCCAUCUUUGCUUGGUCGCGGGGGCUGCUGCACCGGGCGAAGCUGGAUGACAAUGCAGAGCUGCGUGUGUUUGCUGAGGCACUGGAGGUCGUCUGCGUGGAGACCAUCGAGGCUGGCUUCAUGACCAAGGAUCUGGCUAUCUGUAUCAAAGGCAUGGCAGAUAUCAAACGCUCAGACUACCUGAACACCUUUGAGUUCCUGGAUAAACUGUCAGAGAACCUGAAGACCAAGAUGUCCAACCAACCCAAACUGUGAUCACCUCAUCUCCCAACUUUAAACACACACACUAUUGACAGCAGGGACUAUGGGUCCCGGCCAACACUGAACCAAUGACAGGGGAAUGUCUGCCCAGAACCCAACCAGAGCUUCUAGAAGACCUAGGACCCUCGACUUAAUCAUUCCCUCCACCAACAGUCUGUCUGCUUCAAGGAGGUGUCUUGUCCAGGGGGAUGUCCCCCCAAAGCUAAUGAAUCAUUCCUAUCUGAACUACUUGCCAUUUCUGUCCCACUCUCCCCAUGCUUGCUGAAUAUUCAUGUGGAGUCAUUAAACUCAACUUGCCUCUGAUUUCAUUGCUUUUCUGGACUGUUUCAAUGUUACCCAACAAUACAGACCAUCUCCUUCUGCAUCAUAAAAGCUGUUGACCCCCUCCAACUCUCUAAUUCCAUCUGCUCUGCCCCUUGACCACACCCCCAACUCACCUGAUGAACUAGCUGCCCAAGUCAACACCGCUCUGUCUCCCUCAAUUCUCUGCCCCCCCCCCCUCCAAACUAAACCUGUGUCCUUCUCCCCCUGGUUGACCCCUGAGGUCCAUGCCCUGAAGCAAGCUGCCUGGAGCGCCUGAGCAGGAAGUCUGGUCUCACUGUCCACACUGAGGCCUACAAACUCCACCUACAGAGAUGGCCUCAGUGCUGCCAUGUUCACCAACAGCUCCAAUAAGAACUCCUGGACUCUGUUCUCCACUGUCAGCAAACUACUUCAGCCUCGUGACGACGCCUUCUCUACUCCCUCCACUGAACUCUGCAACUCCUUCCUUCAGCUAUUUUCCAGGAUAAGCUCACCAAAAUACACUUCACUGACUGAUCAAUCUCUCUUAGCCGCCCCUCCCCCCGUCAACCUCCAAACCGUCACCCCUGAAACCCGGCUCUAUGAAUUUGCACUCAUUAUUGACUCUCCCUAUAUCUCAAAAUUCAUGUCAUCAACACCACAACUUACUCAUCAAAGCCUGCCUGCUCUCUGUCCAUCCCUGGAUCCUCUCCCUACUGUUCUCAUCAAAGCCUGCCUGCUCUCUGUCCAUCCCUGGAUCCUCUCCCUACUGUUCUCAUCAAAGCCUGCCUGCUCUCUGUCCAUCCCUGGAUCCUCUUCCUACUGUUCUCAUCAAAGCCUGCCUGCUCUCUGUCCAUCCCUGGAUCCUCUCCCUACUGUUCUCAUCAAAGCCUGCCUGCUCUCUGUCCAUCCCUGGAUCCUCUCCCUACUGUUCUCAUCAAAGCCUGCCUGCUCUCUGUCCAUCCCUGGAUCCUCUCCCUACUGUUCUCAUCAAAGCCUGCCUGCUCUCUGUCCAUCCCUGGAUCCUUUCCCUACUUUUCUCAUCAAAGCCUGCCUGCUCUCUGUCCAUCCCUGGAUCCUUUCCCUACUGUUCUCAUCAAAGCCUGCCUGCUCUCUGUCCAUCCCUGGAUCCUCUCCCUACUGUUCUCAUCAAAGCCUGCCUGCUCUCUGUCCAUCCCUGGAUCCUCUCCCUACUGUUCUCAUCAAAGCCUGCCUGCUCUCUGUCCAUCCCUGGAUCCUUUCCCUACUGUUCUCAUCAAAGCCUGCCUGCUCUCUGUCCAUAUCACACACCAUCAACCUCUCCCUUGCCCAUGGAUCUCACCUCUCCAACUACAGAACCAUACAAAUGCCAGGAACGGACACCAACAUCUUUCUGCCCAAUUUUAAACCUUCCUUUCCAAGACUCUUGAACAGACUGUUGCCUCCCAAUUACAAACCCACCUGCUGGUCUAAUUCAAGCCCCUCCAGUCUGGUUUCCACCACAGUACUGAAACCGCACUCAAAGUUGUGAAUGACCUCACCUCUGCUGAUUCUGGUGCCCUUAACAUCCUGAUUCUCCUUGACCAGAGUGCAGCUUUUAACACUGAGCCAUCAGAUUGAGGGUACAGCACUCUCCUGGCUACAAUCAUACCUCAUAAACCAGACCCACUACAUCUCCCUCAAUGGCCAUACCUCAGACACGCCACUGCAGUUACACAGGGUGUCCCCCAAGGUACUGUGCUGGGCCCCUUGGUUAGGUGACACCCAGAUCACCUCGGCACCAAAUCCCUAUUCGACCCACAUUGAAUUUCCUUUCUCGGCAAAAAAGACAUGGCUGCAACAACACUUCCUCAAGCUAAACAUUUAUAAAACGGAACUCCUACUCAUAGGCACGAAAUCCACCUUCACCAAAGCUGGCAAUCUUGCGAUUGACACCACUGUCUCCCCCCACGCACGCAACCUUGGCGUUACCCUCUCCUUUGACCACCACAAGACAGACGGACUGGCAAAUUGUCAUUCCUCCACCUCCGCUACAUUGCCAAAGUCAGGUCCUCCCUCUCCUGUCCUGCCGUUGAAACACAUUAAUCUCCUCCUGUCUUGACUACUGCAACUCACUACUCUCCAGUGUCAACUCAGCUCCCUCCAUAAGCUCCAAAUGGUUCAUAACUCUGCAGCCCGACCCCCUCACCCACACUAAGUACUGGCAGCACAUCACCCCUGUCCUCUGAUCUUCACUAGCUCCUUGUCUCCCAACGCAUUGAUUACAAGCUCUUCUUUCUGGCCUACAAAGCCCUUCACCACCUUGCCCCCCCCCCCCCCCCCCCCACCUCUGACAUUCUUGUCCCCUGUCAACCCACAUGCCCCUUACCCUAAGCCAGAUUCGUAUCCUAACCCCAACCCUCCCCAUACACUGAUACAUCUCUCUUAUUUCAGCCCACCCCGCUCUUUAUUCAUGUUUUUGUCAACUUUCUUCUUCCUUUUAACUUUUUUUUUUACAAUUGUGAAGAGACUUUGGUCCUUAAAGCGCUAUAUUAAUCCCAUGUUGUAUUACUAUAUGUAGGGUUCAGAUGUAGGUGGAGUUUAUUUGUAUUUUUACAGGGACAGUGCACAUUAAUCAACGUUUCAGUAAAAGUGCUGGUUUUAGCCAGCCGGCUAAUUUUCAACCGCAGUCCCUGGGCAGGUUGUUGAUGUGAGGCCCUCUUCUCCAUUGAUCACUUACCACUAUAGUCUAGCCAUAUCUUUUGGUAACACUCAGCCAAUCUAAGUGGCCUGAAGCCUAAUUUGUGAUCCACGGGCAUAACUUUUGAUUUUAAGCAAUCGCCGAGUGAAGUAUGUGUUUAGGAUUCUGCCAAGUAUGACCAUUUUUAAUGAAUGAUGGACACCGAAAUAACCAAUGUUCUUUAUGCUAAUUGCACUAAGGUCCCCCUAUGGCUGUGUUUUUGUGUGUGUUGUCGGUCAGUGAGCAGUGAUCGCCAGUCCUGCCUGAGGGUGAUCUUACCCUUCUGUUGCCUUGUCUUAUGUAAAGGGACUUCAGUCUGUCACACCAUAUAUAUAUAUAUAUAUAUAUAUAUAUAUAUAUAUAUAUAUAUAUAUAUAUAUAUAUAUAUAUAUAUAUAGCCAUGGCAACUACUGUAGCCUGUUUAGAUUUGGACUCUUGACUUGAUGAUGUCAUUGAUUCACAAAGCUAUACUAGCAUCACUCACUCCUUGUUUGUGGUUAUGGAAGAGGUUGUAAGAUAUUAAAAACACACUUAACACCUUACCCCCUCAGAAUAUCAACUCAAUAAAUGGGUUUUGGAGAAAAUUG